UGUGUGCGUAAAAGUUUAUGAAUGAAAUCUGAAAAGUGCAUUCGAUUCCGUUUUCUAUUGCUGCACUUUGCUGUCCUGUUGUUUCUCCAUCUGUUUCAACAUCGGAAUCUGUAAUCUUGCGACGAAACUAGAACAAAUAGUGCAAUCGCGGUGGCAUAGUCGCUUGAUAAGUGCCUCUUAUCAGUGGAAAUGUAAAUUAAAAUGCCAUCAUCCUCGGUGCUUGGUUGGAGUUGAGAGGCGAAAAAACUUUUCCUUCCAUUGAGGUCACCACUAACAGAAGGCCAGCUGCUGCUGCGCUGCGUGCGUUGGCAUCGAUUGGAACCGUAGUGGUUGCUAAACGGGGAGGAUGUUUUCCGUAUUCAAAAAGCUGGCCCCGAAGAGCGAUGGCUCUGCUGGGGCCUCGAACGUGCCAGGAUCCGUCGGCCAGCAGAUGUCCGAUUCGCUGAAGAAGAAAUUCUCCCGCGGGGUGCAGUACAAUAUGAAAGUGAUCAUCAAGGGUGAUCGAAAUGUGGGGAAAUCCUGCCUUUUGGAACGACUUCAGGGAAAGGCCUUCCUCGAGCAGUACAAUCCAACCGAUCAAAUCCAGGUAGCAUCGAUUCAGUGGUCCUUCAAGGCAACGGAUGACAUUGUGAAAGUUGAAGUUUGGGAUGUAGUUGACCGAGGAAAAUCCAAACAGAAGACCGGAGGUCUGAAGCUGAAUACGGACGCACAGACAAAGGAAGACAUACCCGUGCUCGACGCUGAAUUUUUGGACGUUUACAAAGGCACGCAUUGUGUCAUCAUGAUGAUGGACAUUACCAAGGCGUGGACGUUCGAUUAUGUGGGCAGGGAGUUGCCAAAAGUUCCGGGGGAGAUCCCAGUGUUGCUGCUGGGAAACCAUUGCGAUAUGGGCCACCAUCGGGUCAUCAGCAAAGAUCAAAUUCAAGGAUUCAUCGAAGAUGCCAGCCAUAAUCGGUCAGCCGAAAUUGUGUAUGGCGAUAGUUCUAUGAGGAAUGGGUUUGGACUGCGUUUACUGCACAAGUUCUUUGGUAUACCAUUCCUUUACCUGCAAAAAAGUGCUCUCGAGGCUUCACUCAAGAAGAACGUACAAGAUGCGGAUAUUUGCCGAUUGGAAAUAAGCGAGUUUCUGAAAUCUGACGAAUCGGAUUACACAAACUUCUUGGAGAAUCUGAUCAGUCGUAAGAAGACACAACCCACUUCGGCUCCGUCCACUCCCAUGGAGCAAUUUCCCCGUCCGACAAAGAGCAUCAUCCUGGGUGGCGGUCAUCCGAUAAUUGUUCCAGACAAAAACAGUCACCUGGCGGUUGCUUCAACCUCCGCAGUCAACACUGCCAAGAUUUCCUCUCCGGUAGGCAUCAAGGUUUCUGCUUCCCCUGCUCAGCAAUCACCAACUAUCGAAGCUGUACGGAUACCGAAAAGUGCUACAAUUGGAUCAAUUCCUGUGGAAGGAAGCAGCAGUGGUUUCGUAGCUAGCGGCACUGCCGGAAGCUUGUUAAGUUCUCCUGGCAGCAAAAUCAGUAAUGUGGAUGAAUUCUGUCCGGAUGGAGGCGUUUUAGAUAAAUCCUUCCUAGACGAUGCAAUGGACGGUCCAGCUGGACUACAAGAGCACAAUCCUGUACAAGAAUCCGACAGCGAUGACGAGAACCACCACAAUCCACUCGUUUCGCGUUUUGACGACGAAUUCGUCGGAGAUGGUGCUGAUCAAUCGGUUGAACCUACCAUUAAACCAGGUACGGUGCUGGAUAUACCGCGCAAAAUGAACCCCCUUCGCCAAGAUCUGACACCUUCUCCCAAUCCGGUGGCUGUCGAUCGGACAUUUUCGCUGUCCAGCAUUGAGUUGGAGAUCGAUCGAGUUGAUACGGCGAAUGCCGAUGCUGGGUCGCUUAACGGUAGCGAGAGUUGGUCACUCGACACGAAGGAACGACGAUCACCGGAAGGUGGAGAAGACGUUGGAUCCAACGUGUCGGUUACCUGCUCCAAGGGUAGCAGUAGUGGAAAAAAGAGUAAAGAAAAAGAUAAGGAACGCAGCAGCAGGCACAAAAAAUCGAAGAAAUCCAGCAGGGAGAAGGACGAAUCGCGGGAGGAGCGACGGCGUACCAAACACAAAAGCCACGUUGACGAUUUUGUGCAGGAGAUGAAAACAAGUGUCGACUAUUGCGAGGAAGCGUAUGAAGCGAUUUGAGAGACUUAUGGGAAUUGUAGAAUAUUAGAAAAAAGUGCUUAAUUUGCUAUACUAUUCCUUCCUUUGAUAUUACGGUUAGUAAUAUCAUGCUCGAUUAUUAUUUUUAUAUCGUAAACAACUAAGAGAUUGUGCUACACUAAAAGCAUGUUUAGAACAUUUUCAAAGCUAAAAAGUUUCAUAUCGCGCUUGAGCCUAUUUGAUGUCAUUCAGUUAAUCUGAUAAAAUGCAAUUAUACCUAGUAUCGAAUAUUAUUCCAAUCGUGAAUCAAUUUCUAUAUAAACUAACCACUUGAUGUAAUGUUGAAAUGCAUGAAUGAAGAAAAGAGAAAUGUUUUAUUAAAAGUUAUUUGCUCCAAAAUCUA